AUGUUCGAGCAUGAAGAGAGCCAUGGGAAGUACGCGGUGGUGUCAGAGGCUGCGUGGAGUCCUCCGCCAAAAAGACAGGCGAGGCCGCCCAAAUACUAUGCACCGUUCUCGACCAGAUGGCCUGCCCUGACCCUGAUCUUGCUGGUUAUGCUGGCUUGUAUUGCCGUACUCGAGUACGGUCUUCGCUCGGGCCUGACGCUGGAAGAGAAGAAUCAACAACAGAAUCACAGCAGGCUGAAGAGGCAGGACCCUGGUGUUUCAAGCUCUACGGCAGACACGGCUACGACAUCAGCAACAAGUACAACACUAAUUGAAGCAUCAACCGUCGACUCGAUCGAAUAUGUGUCUCAGACAGAGUCUCCCACCACUGCGGCCGCCGACAGCACACCAUCGCCGACUGAUAGCACUUCGACCCCUGAAUCCAUUGACCCGGCUACGACAGCAGGGUCGGACAUAACCUCCACAACAGGCUCUUCCACCUUGCCUCCAGCUUCGACUUCGACGACAGCAUACAUCGACCCGAUCACCACUCCGUCGUCGACAUCUGAUGGAUACAUCACCCAGAUCACCACUUCGUCGUUGGCAUCUGAUGGAUACAUCACCCAGAUCACCAGUCAGUCGGUGACAACUGAUGGAGAAACUAUGUCAAUGACGACGACCAGCAGCACCGGUGCAUAUAUUGCGACAACUGUAACCACCUCGAGGAGUUCUUCGACAACCAUCAUGUCCACCACCACUAUGACAACGAGCGGCACUGCUCCCUACAUUGUGCCAUCUGCGACCGAGCCUGGGACUUCUGCCACGCCCGUGAUAACGAGUAGCACUACUCCAUAUAUUCUACAAGUGACCAGCAGCACCACUGCAUAUGUUGUGCAGUCCACAUCCACCGGUAAAGGGAAAACUAGCACCACUCCCUAUAAUGCCCACACCGAGACCACCACGGCAUACGUACAACAAUCUACCUCGACAAAGCCAACCAACCCCUACACAGUGCCUUCGAGCAGCGCGACCUCACGUGCGCGUACUACAACAUCUAUAGCCUUGACCAGUUCCUCUAAUGGACAAACACAUUCCAGAGGGACGACGGUUCUAGGAGAAGCUCUCACCAGCGGCAUUUCUACCUCUAUUUAUACUCCAAGUUCACCUGCUUCUACGUCCGAAGCUGAGUCGAGCCCAUCAAGGAUGACUUACGGAGAAGGAUAUACGGCAUCCAUUUCAACACCGUCAGCCAAAUUAAGCAGUUCACAAUUUACUGCUUUGAUCACUUACACCACGGAGGAUGCAUUAGGAAGGCCUUUGACAACCGUUGCAACAGAGACCUACGCCGUUGUAGUAACGACUGAGAUAUCCUACGACUCAACUGGCAGUGUGUCAACCAUCAUCGCAACGUUGACGUCCUACAGCAGCACCAUCACUCCGACAGUCCUUGCUGAAAGUACAUCUAUCCCGACCACCCCGCCAGAUCACCAGAGGGCAGACGAAGUCGAACUUGGCUUGGCUGUAAGCGACCUCCAGUACUUUCGCGCCAUAUACCUACCUGUCCUGAUAGCAGUUAUUCUCAAACUCGUUUGGGCCACCGUAUUCGCUUCUACGAAAAUGAUGGAGCCAUUUUACCUUCUCUCCAGGGAAAAGGGUGCAUCCGCUGCAGAUUCACUUUUGGCGGACUAUAUGGCCACCAGUUUGUCGAUUGAGGGAUUAAGUAACAUGUUCCUUAGCCACCCUGUCGUCACCCUGGUGGGUCUCGUCUAUCUUUGCUUGAGCGCUCUCCCAUCAAUCGCAACCCAGUGUACGACUGUGAGAGCGAUCGCGUGGUGCAGAAGCCCCGACCUUAUAAUGGAACGGUGCAAUCCCAUGUGGUACCUCAAAAUCGACUACGCCAGAGCUCUUCAAGCCAUCCUUUCUCUCAUUGCUGUCAUCAUUCUGUUGGUGAUCAUCCUGUCUAGUCGCCGGCGGAGUGGGGUAUUUUCUAAUCCAUCUUCCGUCGCCACGAUGGCUUCACUUCUCAACAAUGAAGAGCUUAUGGAGGACCUGCGACGAAUUGACCAAAGAUCAAGCCGCUCAUCUGCAAAACAACUCCUCGAUCCUUACAGAUACAUGUUGCGGCGACAUCAGACAACGACGGGUUAUAUGAGGUAUGGAGUUGUCAGAGCACCUGCACAAGCGGCAAAGCCCGCAGUCAACUACACCAAACAGCCGAAGUAUUCUGCUCUGGCGCAUUCACAUACUGGCGGGGGCAAUAUGCACAACUCACGAAGCACACUUUCGAACCGUUUCCUCAUCGAUACUCUGUUCCUUCUUUCCAUUCUUGCACUUCUCGGCGUCCUCGUAGGGUACUAUAUGGAUGGACAGGAUGAUCCCUUCAACAACUAUUUCAACCGCAACCCAACAAGACAGUUUGUCCUCACAGUUGCUGCCAGUCUCCUCGAUAUCCGCUGGAAACAGCUAGAACGAGAAGUUCGACUUUUAACACCUUAUCGACGACUAUUUCGCGGGUCAGCGAAGCCAGACUCAACGAUCCUAGUCUCACAGAACUCGACGCCUCUAACAAGCAUCUUCCAGGCGCUUUGGAGAGGAAACUUCUUCCACGCUUUUGUGGCCUUUGUGGCCAUUCUAUCUGAUGUUUUGAUCAUCGCCAUCGGCGGCGUUCCAUUUAACUCUGCUCAGAUUUGGCUCGAUUUUCUUGUCAGCAUAUAUGCCAGUUGGGCUAUCCUGGCCUUGAUGGUUCUUACGGUGUUCGCGAUCUUCCGCUGGAGGGCCUUGAACGAGAAAAUGAUGAUGCCACGCGAACCUACAAGACCCCUUACUGUGUGGCUCAUGCUCUGCAAUGAGGACAAUCAUCUUCGGGAGGAAAUGCAAGGAUAUGAGACCAUGACUUCUAAAGAAAGAGACGACAAGGUCAAAAUGCGGGGUGGACUGUAUUGGGCUGGUUGGCUCACUCAGCCGGACGGCUCCCGGCGAUGGUGUUUGGAAAAGGAGAGUGGUCAGGCGUCAGGGAUGAACAUGAUGUAUGAACAUAAUUAG